AAGUACGGUCUAGAAAAAUUUUACCUCUAUUAAUAGAACUUUUCCACAGGAAUUCGAAAAUAAUUGCCGUUUUGUCCAGUUUGCUUUUCAAUUACGAUAACAGCGCUUAGAAGUUGCUCUUAUCUACCACUUUCGCGACUAGAAAAACGCCAUCUUGGAUAUGACGUCAGCUAUGACGUAGCAAUAGUCAAACCUUGUUGUUCAUCGCUUUGACCUGGUUGACUCGAUCGACCUUUCUGACGAGUAUUUCUAAUGAGGGUUUAACUAUGGUCAACUGUCUUGUAGUUAACUGUCAUAAUACUUACAAAAAUACAAAAGGGAAAGGAGUAAGCUUCCACAAGCUACCCGUAAAUAAAAAUUUAAAGAAAAUUUGGCUGGCAAAAAUAAAACGCGAGGACGCUCUGCCGAAACCCGAGAACUGCUACGUCUGCUCAGAUCACUUUAUCAAGGACGACUUCAAGCGGAAUAUUCAGUCCGAGCUCCUUGGAUCUGACGGUAGCAGGAAAAAGAGACAUUUAAAAGAUGAUGCAGUUCCAUCUGUUUUUCCCUAUGCGCCUCCACCAAAGAAAAUCCGACAAACAAGCGUUGGUAGGGCGAAUCGCCAGAGCCGACAGGAGGUCUUGAACACCCUUCUUGAAAACACCCAUUUGCUAUCUUUAGAGCAAGAAAAGUCUCCGUGUUCAGUUGUAAAGGAAAACACUGGCGAUUCACUAUCUACCUCCUGUGCUGCUUCGCCCUCUUCUCCAAAGCUUGAAACAGAACCUUCGGCGAAUCAAGUUUCUUCCCCAAGCUGCACGGAAUCUCAGUUUAUCUGGAUCGACGCUACAUCUGCAAGCGCAGAACACCGCGAACCUGAAAAAAAAUUUACGACGUGUAGAACACAGUGGCUUGCUAGUGAAACAGGGGACGCGCUGCUUCUUCAAGAUCACAACUAUAGUUGUGUUCCACCAUGGAAUCCGCUGCCUUUAUACUCUAAGCCUAGGUCCCUUUGCACGCAGCCAUUUACUUCGACCCCGAUCAAAGCUUCAUCUAGUCAACCACCUCGGUUUCUGGAACUCUCGAUUAAUCUGGAAGAAGAUACUGACGUAACAAUAGAUAACGAUGUGAACGACAAUUCCCUUCAUGUCAGCUUUGAUGAUGACGAUAUCAACAACACUUCCAUUCAAGUCAGCUGUGAUGAAGAGGCUGGGGAAGACAGUUCGUUUAACAUCAGCUUUGAAGAAGUGGACCAGGACAUCACCUAAAGCGAUUUGGAGACUGAUCCGCCCGUUAGUAACAGUCACGAUACCAUUUAUGAGAAAAUGUGUUCGUCUCCCAAGUACAUAGUAUUUGAGGAAGAACUGCUUAAGUUAUUUGGCCGCUGUGUUAAAUGCGGUGACAAGGUUCUGGAAAAGGGGGUAUUGAAAAAGGGAAGUGCAUUUAAAGUAACGACACUUUGUAAAAACCCCCAUUCGAAGGAGUGGGUUUCCCAGCCACUUGUUAACAGGGCGGCCGCGGGGAACGUAUUGCUUUCAGGUGCUGUACUUUUUACAGGAAAUACGUUUUCGCGUGUUUCAGAAGUUGCCUCCGCAAUAAAUCCUGCCUUUCUGAGCAAAUCGGAUUAUCGCAACUGGCAGAAGAAGCACCUUUUCCCUGUUAUAAAUGAUCGUUGGCAGCAGGAAAAGGCGGCAGUCCUCGCCAAUCUCUUAGACAGGAACUCAGUCACUCUCCGUGGGGAUGGACGUUGUGACUCCCCAGGCUAUAGUGCCAAAUACGGAACUUACACCAUGAUGGACAAAGAGAGUGAGAAAAUUGUCGAUUUCGAAGUUUGCCAUGUAAAGCAGAGUACAAGUUCACAGGAAAUGAAGAAACUUGGUUUUAAGCUUUGUCUUGACCGCGCACUAAAUAGUGGCAUUCCUGUAGGAGUUGUAGGUACUGACAGGCACACCGGUAUCAAAGCACUCAUGAGAAGCGAGUACAAGGACCUCGGUGUUGAGCACCAGGUAGACGUGUGGCACUUGACUAAGAACAUCAAGUCCAAGCUAGUCACGAAAGCCCAGGAGAAAGAAUGCAAGGACCUCUCUCCUUGGAUAAAAUCCGUGACAAACCAUAUGUGGUGGUCAGCGAUGACGUGUGACGGAAAUCCCCAGCUCCUUAAAGAGAAGUGGGUCAGCAUCCUCCACCACACGGCUGACAAACACGAUUGGGAUUCGACUGUGCUGUACAAUCGUUGUGCACAUGAGCCUAUUUCCCCAAGGGCACAUCGUAAAACGAAAUGGCUAAUCGUAGGUUCCCCGGCACACGAAGCGUUAAAACAUGUAGUGCUAGAGAAGAAACUCUUAGAGGAUUUGGACCUUCUAACGAAGACCAUCCAUACAGGGGCCUUGGAAGUGUACCAUUCACUCUACAACAAAUACGCGCCCAAGCGGCAACAUUUUGGAUUCCUGGGAAUGGUAGCACGUACACAGCUAACCGCUUUAGACCACAAUUCGGGCACUGGUCGAUCUCAAGCAGAGGCUUCGAGUGGGGAGAAACGAUUCCGUUAUGUUUAUCCUAAGGGGAUGAAGGAUUGGGUUGUAAGGCCUGUUUUCGAAGAGAAGACCAAGCCGCACGUUACGGAAAUGCUAUGCUCAGUGUUGGAGAUGAGAGACACAGGAGAAGAGCCAGAGCAAGUUCAAGUCCCUGAUCUCCCAAAAAACAUCGCGCCCAUUCCACGCCCACCUGAAGAGGACCUUCUCGCACGGCAUGUAUCCAGAUUUGGGAAAAAAUUAAGCAAGUGAAAAAAAUAGAAAUACAAAAAUCGAAUAGUCCGCCUAAAAUGCCACUAGAAUUUACAUUGUUAGUUUUCUAUUUUUGGAACAGACUGUUACAGGUAUUUUAAUGAUUGGAGCUGGAGCCGAUACCCCUAUAGCGCCGUGGACUUCCUUGAAUGUUUAAUAAAAACAAACACAAGUUUAUUGAUUAAACGUGACUGUCCCGGCCAUGAGUCAUUGUCCUCAGCAUCUUUAAAGCCUGUAUAAUUUCCGGCUGCAUCUGGGUAAUUACGUCUUAUUGAUGCCACAACACACGAAGGAAUCACACGUCAGUUCCCUUUACCAAGUCUGUUAUAAGUCCACCAAGUUAACUGUCUAUAACCAGUAGUAGUAGUAACUACAAGUAUUUAAGCCAAUGAAUGAAGCUUAGUUUCUCCUAGCAGGCCUUUCAAUGAGUUUGAGAAAAGGAAGGAAAUAACAAUUAGUAGGCGACCAAGUUAAAGGCUGGGAACUGUUCAAUCAAAAUGUCUCAGGUGUACAACAAGGAAUGUCGAAUCGAUCUUUACAUCUAAACCUGUCAGUGGUAAUUUAAUCUUUCGUUUCCACUCCAAACUGGGAAAUGUUGGCAAUUCAAAUUUUUCGAUCGUGUGAUAAUUAUCGAUUGAUUUUUCACCAGCACCUAUUUGAAAGGAGGUAAAUAUAUUAAGGCAUCUGUCGGCCGAGUAUCAACGGAUACUAUCGGUUGACAUGUCGACCUAGAGUUGGUCGAUAAUCAAUUGACAUGUCGACCGAUAUUCGGCCGACUGUCGGUCGCCACGUUGUUCAACCGACAUGUAAACCGAAAGUAUCGACCAAUUCUUGACCGACAGGUGAUAGAUACCUUAAAUACUCAUGAUCCAACUAGUCAACGGAUUUGGCUGGUUACUGGCUCUCGUUGAUAGCCCUGUGAUUCUGCCAAUAUGAGUACCUGUAAUAUUUUAUGUAAACAGUAAGGGAUCAACCUUGAAUAGAACGAAACGUGACCUUAGUAAAUGGACCCUUCAUAUAUCAGUAAAGGGGGUAAGUUUCUAAAGAGAC